AUUGGACGUGGCUCCCAGACCACGCCCGUGGGUGGUCUCCCGGCUGUCUAGAAGCGUCGCGGCCGCUAAGUGGUCCACAACGACGGAUCAUCCUGCUGGGGCGACACGCUCAACUACUGGACCAGCCGAAAUAACAGUUAGCUAGCUCAUUCUCUGAGGGGUCAGAAGCCUAAAUUCAGCCUCUUACACCGUUGGAUACACAGUACACCCGUGGAGCUGGAUUAACUUCAAACUACCUUUCAGUUUUCCUUUUUAAUUUUUAAAACCCUCAAUAAAAGACGAUGGGAUCCCAGACGUCCAAGGGAGGAGUAGCCGUGGAGGCGAACGCGGCUGCCGCGGAUGCUGCCGCUGUCAAAACUAAUGGACAGGAGAACGGCCAUGUUAAGACCAACGGAGACGUUUCUGCCAAGCCAGACGGCAACACCGCAGCCACCAACGGCUCUGCCGAGGCGGCCAAGGAGCCGGAGGCGGGAGCGGGCGGGGACGCCAUCGAGCCAGCGCCCGCGGUGGACGGAGAGGCCAAGCCCGAGGAGGUCGCCAAGGAAACCCCCAAGAAGAAGAAGAAGUUCUCCCUGAAGAAGACUUUCAACUUCAAAGGCCUGAAGAAGAGCAAGAAGGCUGGUGGGGAGGUGAAGGAGGAGAAGGAGGAGGACAAGGGGGCGGAGGAGGAGAAGAAGGAGGAGGUGAAGGAGGCGGCUGCUGCUCCUGCUGCUGAAGCUCCCAAGACGGAGGAGGAGCCUGCCAAGGAGGAGGCGCCGGCUGCUGUGAAGGAGGAGGCGCCGGCUGCUGUGAAGGAGGAGGUGAAGGAGGUGAAGGAGGAGGUGAAGGAGGUGAAGGAGGCUGCCCCAGAGGCCUCAAACCCUACAGAGGAGAGCAGCUCGACCCCGGCGCCCUCUGAACAGAAGGAGUGAUGCUCCCUUCAGCUCACAAAAAACUGCCUGAACUGUUUUUCAUGAGAGAGAGUAUAUAUAUAUAUUUAUAUAUAUGUGUAUAUGUAUACAUAUGUAUGGAUAUAUGUAUAUGUACAUAUAUACACGUCAUGUGAGACUCCUCAACGUGCCACUUUCGUCAUGGUAACAAGACGACAGACUAGAUUCACUAGUUCACUUCCCUGGUUACACCUCGACAUCUGGACCUUUCGAGUAUUAUGGGCUGGCCACUGUGGAGCUUGAGUUCAAUGAAUGGAGACUGAGGAAAUAACAACAGCUUUGGACUGAAUGAUGAAUUUAGACCCUAAAACAUCACAUCCACGCAUCUGAACAGAGAUAGAUAGAUCACCACCACCUGAACUGUCUGUUAGAUUAUAACAAAUCUAUCUGAAAUUUAAAAAAGAGACUUGCCAACUUUUUACACUCCUAUAUUCUAACCCAAAUUUGAAGUAUUUUGUGGUGUAUAAUAGAGACCCAUCUUAAAGAUUCAGAGAAUCUAUGUUUUGUUUGUUAAAAAAAAAGGCAAUGUUUGGUUUUUAUCUUGGCUAUUAAAAAAGAGAAGCCAUGAGCUUGCUACGUUCACUGUUGAGGUUUUAAAUGAAGUUGUUUGUGUCCUGUCAGCCUCGAUCUGCUUCUGGCUCUGUAAAUACAUUGGACUGAUUUAUGUUCAUUAUUUUGCUAAUGUUGACAGAUGUUACUGGUUUUAUUGUAAAGUUGAUAAUGAUCAAUAAAUGUUGGUUACCUGCC